AUGUUCAACUCAGAAGAUGAGGACAUCCAGUCAAAAACCAAGGCUAAAAAUGGUUCACGUGAUGAUGAACACAAAACGGAAUCCAAAAUUGGAUCAAACUUGAUCAGAAAAAACAAUGCAAGUGACAGCCAUAGAAAGGGAUGGGUUUUUUCAGCUAUCUCAUUCUGUUGUGCUCUUAUAAGCGUUGCAUAUUUCAGUAAUGGACUGUGGGAUCUUAUUUCCAAAUCGGAAGACUUUAAGCAGCUGAGCCUUUGUUUUGCUGCUCAGAGCACUCAAAAUACCACUAUAUCAAAGCCUCUUUUAGCUCAAAAAAAUGAAAACAAAAAAUCAAAACUUUCACGUGCUAAUUGUCUAAGCAAAUUGACUUUCUCUUGGAUUAAUUCCUUAUUGAGUUUGGGCUACUCCAAGCCACUAGCUCUUGAAGACAUCCCAUCUCUUGUUUCUGAAGAUGAAGCUGCUUUAGCCUACCAAAAGUUUUAUCAUGUAUGGGAUUCCUAUUUAAGGGAUAGAAGCAAAAAUAAAAGUACCAAAAACUUGGUUAUGUGGUCCAUAUUAAGAGUUUACAUGAAAGAGAACUUUCUCAUAGCAAUCCUGGCAUUGCUUGGGACAAUUGCUAUAGUAGUUUGUCCUUUAUUGCUCUAUGCUUUUGUGACCUAUUCAAAUAGUAAAGAGGAAAAUCUAAAAGAGGGUUUUGCCAUACUGGGUUGUCUGAUUAUCUGCAAGGUCAUUGAGUUAGGAAUGAGAAUGAGAUCAGCUCUAAUGGUGGCAAUAUAUAAUAAGCAGUUGAAGCUUUCAAGUGCAGCCAGAAGAAGACACUCAAAUGGGGAAAUAGUGAAUUACAUAGCUGUUGAUGCUUAUAGGAUGAGAGAAUUUCCAUGGUGGUUUCACACCAUGUGGACUUCAGUAGUACAACUUUUUCUGUCCGUUGGGGUCCUAUUUGGUGUUGUUGGUCUUGGUGCUCUUCCUGGUUUAAUCCCUAUUCUAAUAUGUGGGUUUCUUAAUAUGCCCUUUGCAAAGAUCAUUCAAAAGUGUCAGUCAGAAUUUAUGAUUGCACAAGACGAACGUCUAAGGUCAACUUCAGAGAUCAUAAAUAAUAUGAAAAUCAUAAAGCUGCAAUCUUGGGAGGAAAAGUUCAAGACCUUGACAGAAAGCCUUCGUACAAAAGAGUUCAAGUGGCUGGCUAAGGCACAAUUCAUAAAAGCUCAUGGGACAUUUUUAUAUUGGAUGUCUCCAAUAAUAUUUUCCUUUAUAAUCUUCCUUGGAUGUGCUCUUUUCCAAAGUGCUCCUUUAAAUGCUAGAACUAUAUUCACCAUUCUUGCCACUUUAAGGAGCAUGAGUGAACCUGUUACAAUGAUUCCAGAGGCUCUCUCUAUUAUAAUCCAAGUUAAGGUCUCCUUUGAUCGUCUCAACACAUUUUUGCUUGAUGAUGAGCUAAGCAAUGAGAUCAUUGGAAGAAACCUGGUGCAAAAUUCAGUUAAUAGUGUGGAAAUUCAAGCAGGUAACUUCAGUUGGGAUUUGGAUUCAAUAUCUCCAACCUUGAGAGAUUUGAAUGUGAAAAUCAAAUGGGGGCAGAAAAUUGCGAUUUGUGGACCGAUUGGAGCUGGAAAAUCAUCUAUGAUAUAUGCAAUACUAGGCGAGAUACCCACAAUUUCAGGAACUGCUAAGGUGGGUGGAACUAUAGCCUAUGUUUCUCAAACAUCAUGGAUCCAAAGUGGGACAAUUCGUGACAAUAUACUCUUCGGCAAACCAAUGGAUGAGACCAGAUACCAGGAUGCCAUAAAAGCAUGUGCCUUGAAUAAGGAUAUGAAUGCUUUUAGCCAUGGUGAUCUUACAGAAAUAGGUCAGCGAGGGAUCAACUUGAGUGGAGGACAAAAGCAAAGGAUUCAACUGGCUCGUGCAAUAUAUAAUGAUGCUGAUGUUUAUCUCUUAGAUGACCCUUUCAGUGCAGUAGAUGCACAUACUGCUGCUUUUCUAUUCAAUGAUUGUGUCAUGAAUGCUCUAAGGAAGAAAACUGUCAUUCUAGUGACUCAUCAAGUGGAGUUCCUCUCACAAGUUGAUAAAAUCCUUGUCAUGGAGGGUGGACUAGUUACUCAAUCAGGAUGUUAUAAAGAUCUUUUGACAAAAGGGACAACCUUUGAACAACUUGUAAAUGCCCAUAGAGAAGCAAUAUCAGGAUCAGAUCAAAAUAAUGAGAUCCUAGGAGAAUUUGAGGAUGUAAUAAAUGUUCUUCAACCUUUAGAGUCUGAUGGAUUUUAUCUCACUAAGGAUGAUAAGAGUGAGCAGGUUUUAAUGAAAGGUCAACAGAGGCUACAGCUCACACAGGAGGAAGAAAAGGAGAUUGGAGAUGUUGGCUGGAAGCCAUUUUGGGAUUAUAUUUAUCUCUGCAAAGGAUCCUUACUUCUAUGUUUAGUCAUUUCAGCACAGGUGGCUUUCACUACUUUGAAAGUAGCAUCAACUUUUUGGCUUGCUUUAGCCAUUGAAGUACCAAAAGUAACGAAUGGUAUUUUGAUUGGGGUUUACACAAUAGUUUCACUUAUAAGUAUUGGUUUUAUGUGGCUAAGAUCUAUCACGGGUGCACAUCUUGGUUUAAAAGCCUCUACUUCUUUCUUUUCUAGUUUCAAUAAUGCUAUUUUCAAGGCUCCUAUGUUUUUCUUUGACUCAACUCCAGUAGGGAGAAUUUUCACCAGGGCUUCAUCAGAUUUGAGUACAUUAGACUUUGAUGUACCUUUUGCACUCACCUUUAUGGCAUCUGGGGCAAUAGAUCUUCUGGCAACAAUUGGGAUAAUGGUUUUUGUCACAUGGCAAGUUCUUAUUGUUGUAGUUCCCACCAUAAUAGCAUCGAAAUACAUUCAGGACUAUUAUCAAGCCUCUUCAAGGGAACUAAUCAGGAUCAAUGGAACCACCAAAGCUCCAAUAAUGAAUUUCUCUGCUGAGACAUCACUAGGAGUGGUGACUGUGAGAGCUUUCAACAUGGUAGAUAGAUUUUACCAAAAUUACCUCAAACUUGUGGACACAGAUGCAAAGCAAUUCUUUUAUUAUAUUGUGGCCACUGAAUGGUUAAUUUUAAGGAUUGAAGUACUUCAAAAUUUGACACUCUUCACAACCGCUUUACUGCUUGUUCUACUCCCAAAAGGACUUGUGCCCCCAGGCCUUGCAGGACUUUCUCUAUCAUAUGCUUUAUCAUUGACAGGAUGCCAAAUUUUUUUGAGUACAUGUUUCUGCAACUUAUCAAAUUUUAUUGUUUCCGUUGAACGAAUUAAUCAGUUUAUUCACAUACCAGAAGAGCCUCCUGCAAUAGUGGAGAACAAAAAACCCCCACUUUCAUGGCCUUUUAAGGGUAGGAUUGAGCUUCAAAAUCUUGAGAUUAGAUAUCAUCCAAAUGCUUCAUUAGUCCUCAAGGGAAUCACUUGCACAUUUGAAGAAGGGAAUAGAGUGGGAAUUGUAGGGAGGACUGGAAGUGGAAAAAGUACACUUGUAAGUGCUUUGUUUCGCUUGGUUGAUCCUACAAAAGGGGACAUUCUUAUAGAUGGAAUUAGCAUAUUACCAAUGGGAUUGAAGGAUUUGAGAAUGAAGCUGAGCAUUAUUCCUCAAGAACCCACUCUUUUUAGGGGUAGCAUCAGAACCAACUUGGAUCCUCUUGGCCUCUACUCUGAUAAUGAAAUAUGGAAGGCUUUAGAGAAAUGCCAGCUCAAAACAACAGUCAUCAAUCUACCAAAUCUAUUAGACUCUUAUGUGAGUGAUGAAGGAGAAAAUUGGAGUGUGGGACAAAGACAACUCUUUUGUCUUGGAAGAGUACUUCUCAAGCAAAAUAGAAUUCUUGUUCUUGAUGAAGCUACUGCUUCCAUUGAUUCUGCCACAGAUGCCAUUUUGCAAAGAGUUAUCAGACAAGAGUUUGCAAGAUGCACAGUUAUAACUGUGGCUCACAGAGUCCCAACUGUAAUAGAUAGUGACAUGAUCAUGGUUCUCUCACAUGGUAUUAAAGUGGUGGAAUAUGAUGAGCCUUCUAAGCUAAUGGAGAUGGACUCUUGUUUCUCUAAACUUGUUGCUGAGUAUUGGUACAGCUGCCGCAAGAACAUCUCUCAUGUCCCAAAUCUUUAUUAG